CAAGAGCUAAUAAUCAGUAGCAAAACUACACCGUUUAAUAGAUUCAGCUUGGAAAUACCUCACUAAGCUAAAACCCUACACAAAAGGAAAACAAAGAUCAAAAACCCCAAAAAUGGCUCACAGAAUUUUGCAAAGCAUUCGCAACAAUCCAUCCAUUUUCUUCUCUUACAGUUACAGUCACAGUCAACAAACUCCAUCACAGUACCGUUCGAUCUUCGCCACGUCUCACCUCGAUGGCGCAUGGAUGGACAAGAUUAAAGGGGUCUUCACCGGCAAAAAACCCACCUCUGAUUCACCAGAUUCUACCGAGGAAUCCUUCACUCUCGAUCGUUUUGCUGAUGAGCUGGGUAAGGCGAGAAAGCUGGGAACUUUGAAGCAAUAUGUAGUAGGCCGGAGUAGUGAAGCCACAUUUGCUGAUGCUUUUGCUAAGCAGGAAGAAAUUCUUCGAUAUCUUGGGAAUUUCGAUCCGAAUGGACAGAAUCUCCAAAUCAGUCAAAAACAAGCAGCAGCAAAGCAGUGCAAGUGUACGAUGGCUGAUGUUGAGAAUACUUUGGCAAAGUAUACGUGGGCUAAAGAAGCACAGUUUAAACUACAGAAGUUAAAGGAAGAGGGAAAGCCAAUGCCAAAGAGCAUGGCUGAGGUCCAGAAGUUGAUGGGUUCUACUCCUUUGGAUCUUGCUAAAUCAAAUAUGGCUCAGAGUGGUCAGAUUAGUAGGAAUGCAUUUUGCCCUUGUGGUUCCAAAAAGAGAUACAAAAGGUGCUGUGGAAAAGACAAAUAGUUGACUUGCAAGAAGAAGACAAGUUUUGCUCCACAUCAAUGUAGCGUAUACUGACCUGUUACUUCUUAAUUAAGUGCAUUGAAAUUUGACAUCUUCUAUAAUCAAUUUUUUUGUAUUCCAUUAGAUAUAAGUUAUUUAAACUUCUUUGAGAUUGUACAUUAUCUUGACUUGUUUAGCAACUCCUUAUAGCUUAUAACAUCAUUUUUUUCAAAAGUUUACUGAAAUAAUCGUUGUUACUUUAGAGUUUAGACAUGUUCCCUAUCUAACGUAGUUUAACUCAUUUGAACAAUAUGUACUGUAACUAAUGUGGACUAUUUAAGUCAUGUAAACUUGUCUUAUUUAAUAUCUUAAUCAUAGUCAUGAAAUGAAAUUGUCACUACUGUCUUGGACAGUAUCAUUAUUA